AUGACGGUUAGUUUCGAUGGAUCUGCUCGCGUCACGAGAGGUGGAGACGCCUACAACGCGAUCUUGUGGAAGCUGCCCGAAUGGAGGGUGCUGAAGGCUAGAUCUAGGUAUGCCGAAGGCUUGACGGUGAACGAGGCGGAAUACCAGGGGCUGUUCCUAUGUUUGGAUCUGUUGAAAGAUCUGGAUCCGCGACGUCUGGUGAUCUGCGGAGACUCGAACCUGGUGAUCCGACAAGUACGAGUGAAAGGCGAAGACGAGAUCGCGCAGAUAUCGACUGUGACGACCCGAUCUAAAGCUAGAGCUGGAGUACGUAUGGGAUCUGAUCCAGACUCCCUACGAGAGGAAGUCGUGAGAGAGCUACAAAUCGAGGGGAUCCGGCAAGCGCAGGCUGAGGAGCCGUGGAUCUCGGGUCUGAAGAAGUAUUUGGUUGGAGAAGUCCGGAAUCUGACACAAGAGGAUGCCAAAGGGUUUGGAUCUAUCGCUGUGAAAUACGCAGUGGAUCCGUCAGACCUACUCUUUUACUGCCCGACAACUAAGGAGGAAGCCGCAGAGCGAGACAGACCCCUCAACCGUCACACCGAACUGCUGAUCUUCGUGGAUCUAUUCUCGGGAUAUGUGAUCGCCAAAGCUAGCGCCUCUAGAUCCGCUCAGACAAUCGCUGAGACCUACGAGGAAUGUGUCUUCCGCAGAUUUGAUCCUGGGACAACGUCAACGUGCUACUAUGACUUAUCGACCCAAGCCAAUGGAUCCACAGAGCGUAUGGUCCAGACAACUACCAGGGCACUUAAGAUUUAUGUGCAUAAUCUGAAUCAACGAGAUUGGGACGAAUACGCUGAGCGGCUCACCUUCGCGAUCAACACUGCAAGAGAUCGGAUCCGAGGUGAAACCCCUUUCUACAUGAUACAUGGUUGGGAUCCUAGAUCCCCCUUGGAAGCGUUGAUCCCGGUGGGGAGCACUCGUAGCAUGAUCGAAACCCAAGAAGAUGGCGAUAUCGGAUACAAAGGUACUAUCAACAAUCUCGAGAACAAGUGA